GCAAAUGGAGACCCCGGGCAGGGUGACAGAGACGGGUGGGCCCCAAGAGCCAGGCACCCGGAGAUGUGGACACUGAGCUGCACCCGGGGGUACCACAAUGGGGACAGAGGGAUGGGGGUCUUUCUCCAGGAGACAGGUGGACACACGCUGGCAGACAGACCCAGAGACACGGUGGUGGGAAGUGCAGCAGAGGGGCCCUGGGGCCGGGGUGCCCUCACUGUGAGACAGGGACCACCACAAUAGCCCCCCAAAACGCCACGGUGAGAGUGACGUGAGUCCAUUCGUGUGAAGCACACAGCCAGCACUGAGGAGACGUUAGCCACCGUUCUGAUUGUUGGUUUUUAUUGAUGCAUCCAGACAGACAGACAGACAGCCCCUGGGAGAGACGGGGACGGAGGCACUGAGGCAGAGACCCCCGGCAGGGACACUGGACAGGGCCAUCCUGCGGGAGACGGACCCACCAGCGGGGGGCCUCCAGGCCGGGGAGGUGUGGGGUGGGGGUCCCCAAGAGGCAGAGAGAGACACUGUUUCCGGGGAGACGGCACGGAGGCUGGGAUGCAGACGGGGCACAGGGGCAAGACGGAGGCAGAUGACGUAACCCCAGGAUCGACAGGGAAACUGAGGGACGGAGACGCCAACUGCAGGGUCAGGGGCCUGUGGAGGACGAGAUGGGAGCCAGAUGGCUCUGGGAGCAGCGCCUGCAGACCCCCGGCCCACUCCCCAUCCCCGACUGCGCCGAGCGGGCUCCCCUCCCCAGCCCCUGCCCUGUGGGGGGCCGGCGGCUCAGUCCCGGGAGGUGAGGUCACAGCCCCCCCAGGUGGGGAUGAGCUCAUCCCCUCAGGUGAGAGCUCUUUUUGGGUCCGCCACAGCCACCCCCUCGACGGCCCCCCAGGGGCCCGACCCAGUCCUUGCUCCCGCCGGAACCCAGGCCUCCUGACCACCGGGUCCCCGCCCCUCAGGGGGCCUGUUUCCGGCUGAGUCAGCUUGGGGGGCCCAAGGCUGCGUCAGUGAGGGGAGAGCUGACGUAGCCCCCCCCAGACCGGCGGGGCCAGCCGAGGUGACUCAGGCCACCGGCCUGGGGAUGGACUGGCCGCGGUGAUGGGGGCACGGGGCCGGGGCCGGGCGGGGAGCAGGGGCAGGGUUCUGGUAAAUGCCAGCCCCUUCCGCCGCAGGGAGCCAGGCCCCAGCCCCUCCUCCCUCAGACCCGGGGGUCCCCCCUCCCCCCUCAGACUGAGUCUGGGUCCCCAGCCCCCCUCCCCCCAGAUCCCACGCCCUGGCUUCAGAAAACGUGCAGAACAAGUUUCGGUCACUCUGCAAUUUGGGGAGCGUUCUGUGGGGGGGGUCUGCAGCUCUGGGGACUGGGCCGGGGUCCCGGGGUGGUGACUCUGCCCUCACCCCGGCGGGAGGGUUCGGACAUCUGCCCCCCAGUGUGGCUGCCGGAGCCAAGGUGGGUGUGGAGGAGGGGGCCAAGGCAUUUGGCUCCUGGGUCCCCCUGGGGCAGGGACCCCCGCAGAUCCUGUGGGAGAGGGACCAGACCACGACAGCGAGAGGACAGAGCCGAAGACACGCAGACUCAGGGAGGCCGGACAGCAGAUGGCGAGAGAUGACAGCAGGGGACAGGGACAGAGAGGAGGGGCAGCCUGAGGGGACCCAGGGAGUUCCGAGGCUCCGGGCCCUCUUUCCCAGGGUUCAAGUGUGUGGGGGGGGUCUUCUCCAGCCCGCAUCGGCCCCCUCGAGCUCCUUCCACCUGGUUGCUAAGGAAGCCACUCCCUAGCAACCAGGCAGAGCAAGCCAGGGGACCCCUCCCUCCUGCCCCACCCCUGAGAACUCAGAACCCUGGGGCCUGGGCGGGGCCGAGCGGGUUGCUGGGCGGUGGCCUUGGAGCCCUCUCCCCACAGGCGCCCCGGGGUCUGGGGAGGCAGCAUGGCGGGCUCUGGGAUCCCAGCUUUGAGUCUUCUCCUGCUGAUGCAGGGCUCAGUAGAUGGGAAUGGCAUCCAGGGAUUCUUCUAUCCGUGGAGUGAGCAGUGGCUGAAACCCUGGGUGCCCGGGAAGGCUGCUCCCAGACUAGGCCCCUGGGUCUGGGGGUGGUGGUGCUGGGGGCCCGGACCCCUGGGCCUGAGGGAGGAGGGGAGCCGGGCUCCUGGGCCCCAUGCUGGACCAGCCUCCGCAGCCAGCCUGGCCCGGGUCCCCUGGGCUCCGCGGCUCCGGGGGGCUGGGCCCCAGGAUGGAGCCCACUGCUUGUGGUCCCCAGGCUGCGAGGGCGACGUGUGGGACCGGGAGAGCUGCGGGGGUCAGGCGGCUGUCGAGAACCCCAACCUCUGCCUGCGCCUGCGGUGCUGCUACCGCGAUGGGGUCUGCUACCACCAGCGGCCGGACGAAACGAUGCGCAGGAAGCACAUGUGGGCGCUGGGCUGGACGUGCGGCGGCCUCCUCUUCCUCAUCGGCAGCGUCUGCCUGUUCUGGCGAGUGGGGCCGGGGUCGGCCGGGCUCCUGGGGGUGCCCCCGGGAGGGGACGGGGAGGCUGAGUGUGCCCCCUGCUCCCCCCAGGUGGGCCAAGCGCCGGGACAUGCUGCACCUCCCGGCCUUCCUGAAGGGCAAGUGCGACGUGUCGAGGACCGUCUCGCUGCUGUCCAAGGACCGAGGGGCCGAGAGUGGGGCGAAGACGUCGGCCGCGAGCAUGCUGGCCUCCCAGGCCAUGGAGGGCACAACGGAGCCCUUGGGGGCCACCGAAGGGGAAGGGGAGGAGGGCGAGGAGGAGGAGGAUGAGGAUUAAGG